CCAGCUGGCACGUAGAACGUAUUUGGCGGCGGGAGAGUGAACAGCUGGGCAUAAACAGUUUUCAACACAAUUUGUAGUUUCUUUAAAUUGUAUAAUAAUGUUCUUAUCUGGAUAUUUUCUUGUGUAAUUAAAUGACUUAUAUAUAUGCAAAUCGUGAUCUUGUUUUUAUUGUGAAGGCAAUAUUGUUUGAUACCGGUAUUUUACGAUAAGCGCGGCAUCUCUGACAAAAUUCGACUGGCACAUUCGCACAGUGGAAUAGUUCUGUAAUUGUAUAUAGAAAAUUCUAUAGAAUGGCCUUACACACGUACCCCAACUAAAUGUAUAUGUGCAUAUACACAAUCUCAAAUCGAAUAUAUAUUUGAAAGCGUGUGUUUGGUGUAAUUCAAUACUUAUAUGGUUGAGCAGAAGUGCAAAUUGGACUCAUCUGCUCGAUGUAAAUAAAUAAAAAGAAAACAAAAUGCAAACAACAAAAGCAGAUGAGCUACCUGAAAACCCACGCGAACGAAGUAAUCCACUUUCAGAACUUAUGCUAUGCUUUGUCUUUCCGGUUUUGUUUAAGGGCCGCAAGAAGACAUUGGAACAGUCAGAUCUUUACCGGCCAUUAAAAGAGCACAAGUCAGAUACACUAGGCGAUCGUUUGUGCGCAACUUGGGAUGAGGAAGUUAGCCAACGAUCGGCGCAGGGAAAACAACCACGAUUGGGGCGCGUCGUGAUUCGCGUAUUUGGUUGGCAUCUAUUUGUAACUGGACUCCUUCUUGGAAUCAGAGAGUUCGUUGUGAAAGUAACUCAGCCAAUUUGCUUAUAUGGUAUUAUGUCGUACUUUUCGAAUGAGGAUAUAGACCCUUUAAAAGCACAACUGUAUGCCGCGGGUCUUAUCACUGCCUCUGUACUUUCUGUUGUCACUGGGCAUCCGUUUAUACUCGGUCUCCUCCAUCUGGGCAUGAAAAUGCGUGUGGCUCUGUGUAGUCUGGUCUAUAGAAAAGCAUUACGAUUGAGUCACACAUCCUUAGGGGACACCUCGAUAGGUCAGGUGGUGAACCUCUUGUCCAACGAUGUGAGUCGCUUCGAUGUGAUCUUAAUUAAUGUUCAUUUCUUAUGGUUGGCCCCGCUGGAGCUGUUCGUGGUUACCUUUUUGAUGUAUCAAAAGAUCGGCGUCGCGUCCUUCUUUGGAGUUGCUAUAAUGUUGCUUUUCCUACCCUUUCAAGCCUAUUUGGCAAAAAAAACAUCAGUGCUGCGUCUGAUGACAGCAUUGCGUACGGACGAACGAGUACGAAUGAUGAACGAAUUUAUCUCCGGCAUUCAAGUAAUCAAGAUGUACGCCUGGGAGAAGCCUUUGGGCAAACUAGUCGAACUAAUGCGUGGCAAGGAGAUGAACUGCAUCAAGAAAGUCAAUUAUAUAAGAGGAGUCCUUAUUGCCUUUGGCAUGUGCCUAUCCCGCACCCUUACCUUUGUCAGUCUGGUGGGCUUCGUGCUGCUAGAAAGCGUGUUGAAUGCUAGCGACGCAUUCUUUAUCACAGCCUACUACAACCUGCUGCAGCGAGCGGUCACUAAUUUCUUUCCACUGAGCAUCACACAACUAGCGGAGAUCAAGGUGUCAAUCAAGCGCCUGGAGACGUUUAUGCAUAGAGAGGAGACUCAGGUCCUGGACAAAUCUAACGCACUAACAGAAUCAGACUAUUCUAAAGAAGAGAUCCUAAAAGAAAAUGGAGUGCUGAUAAGUAAUGAAAAUGGAAACAAAGCUCAGAAGGGUAACGAUGAAGAGACCCUUGUUGAGUUCAACCAAUUCCAUGCCAAGUGGGAUGUCAAAGCCACAGAAAAUACUCUAACCAAUAUCAAUCUAAAACUGGGUCGCCGACAACUGGUUGCAGUUAUAGGACCCGUUGGCGCAAGCAAGUCGAGUUUGAUCCAAUCGAUUCUUGGCGAGCUUCCUGCUGAAAAAGGCAGUGUUAAAGUCAGCGGCAGAUUCUCCUAUGCCGCGCAGGAACCCUGGCUCUUCACUGGCACUGUCCGCGAAAACAUUCUCUUCGGAUUAGCCCUGGACAAGCAUCGUUAUCGGACGGUGGUCAAGAAGUGUGCGCUAGAGCGAGAUUUUGAACUACUUCCUCAAGGUGACAAGACGAUCGUUGGCGAGCGAGGAGCUUCGCUCUCGGGAGGACAAAAAGCACGCAUCAGCCUGGCCAGGGCUGUCUAUCGAAGGGCGGACAUUUACCUACUUGACGAUCCACUCAGUGCUGUGGAUACACAUGUGGGUCGUCAUCUGUUCGACCAGUGCAUGAGAGGGUAUCUUAAAAACGAGUUGGUUAUAUUGGUCACACAUCAGCUGCAGUUUCUGGAGCACGCCGAUCUCAUUGUUAUCAUGGACAAGGGCAAGAUCAGUGCAAUGGGCACAUAUGCAACGAUGCAGCACAGUGGCCUGGACUUUGCACAACUGUUAACCGAUAUAAAUAAGGCCGAUGAAAAGGCGGUGGGGGAACAGAAGGGCGAUGCAGGCGACCAUGUUAGUUUGCACUCAAAAACCAGCCGCCAAGCCUCACGCACUGACAGUUUCGCAUCUCUGAGUUCUCUGGCAGACUCCGUUAUACAGGACACAGCCCUGGUUCCGCAAGAGACUCGCGUUGAAGGCAAAGUCAGUUUAGGUCUCUAUAAGGAAUAUUUUUCAUCGGGCAGCGGUUGGGUCUUGAUAUUAUUUAUGAUUGUUCUAUGUAUUGGCACACAAGUUGUCGUCUCAGCAGCGGAUAUAUUUCUCUCCUACUGGGUUGACAAGACUAAAAAUAACACGGACAUCCUCAAUAAUGAUCCCGUCGAUAUGUAUUACUUCACAGCACUCAAUGUAGCUGCAGUCGUACUCAGCGUAAUGCGCCCAAUUCUCUUCUAUACAAUGGCGAGGCGAAGCUCCAUACAGUUGCACAAUUCCAUGUUCAGGGGCAUUUCCAGGGCAGCUAUGUAUUUCUUUAAUACGAACCCAUCGGGUCGUAUACUGAAUCGUUUCUCCAAGGAUCUGGGACAACUAGAUGAAGUGCUGCCCACAAUUAUGCUGGAUGUGCUGCAGAUCUUUCUAACAUUGGCAGGCGUCAUUGUUGUCAUCUGUAUAACCAAUCCAUAUUAUCUAAUACUAACUUUUGUAUUAGGUGUCAUCUUCUAUUAUCUCAGAGAAUUCUAUCUUAAGACGUCGAGAGAUGUUAAACGUUUGGAGGCAGUUGCCAGGUCUCCCAUCUAUUCUCAUCUGAGCACUUCACUUAAUGGACUUACCACAAUCAGAGCACUCGGCGCUCAGAAGGCACUAAUAGCCGAGUUCGACAAUCUUCAAGAUCUACACAGCUCUGGCUACUACACUUUUCUGUCCACAAGUCGUGCUUUUGGUUACUAUGUGGAUUUCUUUUGUGCCUUAUAUACAAUCAUAAUUGUACUUAACUACUUCAUCAACCCACCUACCAAGCCUGGUGAGGUUGGGUUGGCUAUUACCCAGGCCAUGAGUUUGGCAGGAAUGGUGCAGUAUGGCAUGACCCAAUCCGCCGAACUAGACACCACAAUGACAGCAGUGGAGCGCAUAUUGGAAUAUGAUGAUAUUGAGCCUGAAGGCGAGUUCGAAUCCCAACCAAGCAAAAAGCCCCCACCCACAUGGCCAGAGCAAGGUCAAAUUGUGGCUGACGAUCUGAGUCUUCGUUACUCACCCGAUCCUCAAUCCAAGUAUGUACUUAAGUCUCUCAACUUCGAGAUCAAACCAAUGGAGAAAGUGGGCAUUGUGGGCCGCACAGGUGCAGGCAAGUCGUCACUCAUCAACGCCCUAUUCCGCCUGUCCUAUAAUGAUGGCUCCAUCAUCAUCGAUAGCCGCAACACAAACGAGCUGGGACUUCACGAUCUCCGCAGUAAAAUUAGCAUUAUACCUCAGGAGCCAGUGCUCUUUACGGGUACCAUGCGCUAUAAUUUGGAUCCAUUUGAGGAGUAUAGCGACGCUAAGUUGUGGGAUGCUCUGGAGGAGGUCAAACUGAAACCUGUCAUCAGCGAAUUUACAAAUGGACUUCAGAGUAAGAUUUCCGAGGGUGGCACCAACUUCAGUGUGGGGCAGAGGCAAUUGGUAUGCCUGGCGCGCGCUAUUCUUCGCGAGAAUCGCAUUCUAGUAAUGGAUGAGGCCACAGCCAAUGUGGAUCCACAGACAGAUGCGCUCAUCCAGACGACUAUCAGAAACAAGUUCAGGGAAUGCACAGUGUUGACGAUAGCCCAUAGGCUGAACACAAUUAUGGACUCGGACAAGGUGAUAGUCAUGGAUGCUGGUCAGAUGGUCGAGUUUGGCUCGCCAUACGAGUUGCUAACAGAAUGCGAAUCGAAGAUCUUCCACAGCAUGGUUAUGGAGACGGGUCAGAGCAGUUUUGACAGUUUAUUAUCAGUUGCAGAAAAGGCGCAUUUGGAAUCACAGAAGCUGAAAACUGCCUAGUACUAAUUUCUUAUUGUUUUAGUUAAGUCAAAAUGAGAUACUUAAAGUGUUAUCGUGGCGAUAAUUUGAAUAUAUACCAGAAUCUUUAAAAAUA